AUGGAAGCUCCCAAUCGCCCCAACCCAGUCUGGCAUAUCGCAGCCUCCGUUCAUCACAGCCGUCUCGGUGCUGUAGUUGGUGGUGGAAAGGGAGUCUUCCACCAUGCUUGCACACGCAAGUACUGUUUUGAUUCGAGCUUUUCGUUGCGUGACGAGUUUUCCCGCACCCAGGUUAUCAUUAGCUGUCCGGACCAUGAUGAAAUGAAUCCUGUUGCUGCUGCACUUCGGACAAAUAGACGCAUCGCAGGAACGAACGAUGAGUAUUUUCAACCGGGACGCACCGUAGAAAGCACUUGGGAAGUCCUCGGUUCUUCUAACUCAGUCGUGCCGAUUCCUGCCAGCGUACAUCAAUGUCGUCCCGGCCCUGAGCUUAGAUGUGGAUCGGGGGUCUUCCAACUUGCUAUGUCAGGCAAGUACACAUAUUAUUCUGAAUAUUCGCUGCCUGAUGCCGAGUUGAAUUUCAGCACCCUGGAUGUCACCGAUCGAGGAAAUGCUUCUACUCCUGUUAAUUGGAACCUGGGACGCGCUGUAGAAAGCAUUGUGGAAGCCCCCAAUCCCUCUGACCCAGUCCUGCCAUCUGCCGCCUCCGAUCUUCAUAGUCGUUCCGGGCCUGUGGUUGGAUGUGGAGAGGGGGUCUUCCAACCUACUCACUACGGGGAAAUUUCCUUACCUCAUGCGACCACCGACCGUAGUAAACACGACGUCAUUUUCUACUACCAAAAUGUAGGCGGAAUGAAUUCUGAUGUUCUUGACUACCACCUAGCUGUAUCGGACCGGUGCUACGAUGUCAUCGUUUUUGUCGAGACUUGGCUCGAUUCUCGAACGCUUUCCAUCCAGGUGUUCGAAUCCGAAUACGAGGUUUUCCGCUGUGACAGAAAUCCGAAAAACAGUCGGAAAUCUACUGGAGGUGGUGUUCUCGUGGCAAAAUUUGUUGUUUUAUCAAUGGCUCUGGCCAUUGCGUUGGGAGCAGCGAUCGAAAACCCGACCAAGGAAGUGGAUACCGAAAAAGAAGCUGAAGCCAACGAGGAGACCAAACAGCAGGAGAAACGUGGUCUUAGUGAUUAUGGUCAUGGAUUUUCGCAUCAUCAAGAAAUGUUAAGUGAAUUCCGACCAGCUUAUAGAUUCGAAGCUCCAGCAAGCUUAGAUGAUUUGAAAAACUUUAAUAAUCAUGCUCACCAGCACAUGACCUACGACUGGAGGGAUGAGAAGCAUACUAUGAUCACCAAGAAGGUUCCAGUUCCUUACAAGGUUGAAAUUGAGAAGCACACCAUCACCGAAAAGAAGGUGCCUGUCCAUGUAGACCGCCCAGUGCCAUACCGUGUUGAAGUUGAGCGCAAGGUUCCAGUCUACAUUGAGAAGAAGGUUCCAGUGCAUGUGGAUCGUCCAGUUCCAUACCCAGUCAAAGUGCCGUAUCCAGUUGAGGUCGAAAAGAAAGUCCCUUUCUACGUAGAAAAGAAGGUUCAUGUUGAUCGUCCCGUCCCAUAUCCCGUCGAAGUGGAAAAGAAAGUUUCAGUCUUCGUUGAAAAGAAGGUUCCCGUCCAUGUCAACCGUUACGUCCCAUACCCCGUGGAAGUCAAGGUUCCAGUAGUCCACAAAGUCCAUGUGGAAGUGCCGAAACCAUACGCGGUCCAUGUCUCGAAACCAUUUCCGGUGUACAUCGAGAAGGAAGUCGUCAAACACGUUGAUCGUCCAGUGCACGUAGAAGUUGAGAAGAAGGUUCCAGUCACGCAUGUCCACAAGGUUGAAGUCCCAAAACCCUUUGCUGAUAUUAUUGAGAAACCAGUGCUGCUUGAAAAGCAUCAUCAUCAUCAUCAUCAUGAUUACCAAAAGAAUCAAGACAGUCACAAACAUGUUCAGCAAAAUUCAGCUGCACUGAAGUUGACUGGAUACUCUUCUGAACCUGCUCAUGAUGGUCACCACAAUGAGCAUAAUCACCACCAAGCUGAAGAACAGCAUUACCAGAUCCAGCAUUCGUCUGUUCCGGUUCCUGAACAAUUGGUUCAGCACAAGGAUGAGCACGAUGAUAGCGAAGAACAGCGUCGUAAUGUCCAUCAUCACCAUCAUCAUCAUCAUCACCAUUACGAGGAUCAGCGCCAUCACGAUGAUGACCAUCAUGACCGUCUCGAGCAAGCAUUCCGUCAUCAUCAAGAGCACCAAUUUGAGCAACAACAGUAUGAACAACAGCUUCAUGUUUCUGGCCAUCACAAGCGUGAAACCCAGCUGUAG